AUGAGGAAACUGUUUGGAAAAGACAAAGCAAAAAGUGAGACAACAUUUAAAGUAUCAAAUGCAGCAGAUGAAGAUUCAAAUGAUGAGAGCCUGGAUGAAAUGAAAGCAAACUUUGUGAGAAAGCUGAAGAGAGGAAUUGACAAGUAUAAAAGUGAAGGCCCUCUGGCCAGCCUCCGAUCUAGAGCAACAUGCAGAUGGCAGCCCCCUAGUGAAGGGUGGCUGAAGUUAAACUUUGAUGGGGUUGCCCGGGGCAACCCAGGGCAAGCGGGGAUAGGAUGCGUUGUUCAUAAUUGGGAAGGAAAGGAAGUAGCAUCCCUUGCCUCUUUAGCUGGCAUCAAUACAAACAACUGGGCAGAAUUGUUGGCCCUGGUGGAAGGAUUGCUCUUAUGCAGAAAACUUGAAGCUAAAUGUUUAGAUAUUGAGGGAGAUUCGGCUAUAGUUGUUAAUGCUCUAAGAAAAGGUAGCAUGCCCAAUUGGAAACUUAAUACCUUGCUAUCAAAGGCUAUGGACCUAUGCAAAGGUUUUGAUAGGUUUAUAGUUAAUCACAUCUAUAGGGAAGGUAAUUAA